GCCUGCGUCCGCGCAGCAUCUUACGCAAACCAAACCCUCUAAUCCCUCCUUACCCUUUAGAUCACUCCCUUCAAGUUCCUCGACCAUCACGACCUCUUGCCUUGAUGCCUCGCAUGGAUAUACAUCCCCCGUAUCAAACUCCCAGUUUACUUCCCUCAACGUACAAUGACUCUUCCCACUUACUCGCCACCCCAUAUAGUCGUGGUCAGGCACAGUGGAUGCCUCGUGGAUAUGAGUCGAGACACCAGCAGUAUAAUCCUCCACAUCCCACCGAUUACCAGCAAUCACCUCGCGAUCAUGGCGACCAUCAAAAACGUACAUCCCUGCCACCACAUGCUUUCCAACAACAGCAGAACGGUACUCGCGAUGUCUCUGCGUCCAUGCCAGACAUCAGGCGCAUACCCAGACCGUCAUCCGCGGAAAUAGAGAGGGACAGGCAGGCUCGGGCAUGCGGACUUCAACUCGAUUACACGUCACACCACAAUGUUCCCCCUUCCUCAAAUACCCAUCUACCACGAGGUAGCAGGCGCCUCGAGGAAGAUCAGCCACAGCGCGAGCCGAAGACGCUGUUAGACCGUGGAAAACCUUAUGCACCCCGACCAAAGCCACACAUCUUGUACCCUAGGCUCGACAAGCUCGUUCGACGUGAGAAGCAUCGUGCGAUGGAUCACAUUUCUUUUGACGAGGAUGUAAUGGAAAUGUAUAGAGAAGAAGGAGAUUUACGAGAGAAGCUUCGUGAAAAGCGCAAGGGCGGUGCUGAGAAGAGAGAUCCAAAAUUUCGUGUGAUAGGAGCGCCGUUGCGUGAUGUGUUGAUCCAUGCAUCAUCCACGAUCACCAUCGGCGAACACCAGCACGACGUACCGACCCUUGUCGUUGCCUGUGUAGAAGAGCUGACCAGAACGGGUAUUUACCAACAGGGGCUGUUCCGUACAUUGCCUAACCUCGAUCGGCACAUGCAAUUGAUCGACAUCUACAGUUCCAGCACCGAUUAUGGGGCUCAAUUCAGCAUGCACGGGCAGACCAUGCCAGACAUCUGCGCUGUCUUAUCCACGUUCAUCUCCACUCUUCCCCAACCUCUCCUCGAUCCUAAACUUUACGGUGGAUUUUGGCACUGGUGCGUCAAGCCCAGCGUGAAGCGCGAGGAGGUAAGGCGAAGCCAACAGGAUGCGGAAGAAGAGGAGAAACGUGAUAAAGGCGAGCUGCCACCCUUGCUUCCCAUAACAGCCCGACAGCAUCAGAAACAAGUCCAGGACGACCUUCACCUUAGUCACGACGGUGAUAUCGAGCGCCAUCAGAUCAUGAUUGCACAAAUAAUCCUCCGCUUCCUGCCUAUAGGCAAUCUCUCCCUACUGAUUUACCUCUGCGGAUUUUUCACCCAACUUCCCCUUUGUCCUGAGAACGGCAUCCAAUUCGAGGAUAUCGCGCGGAUCUUUGGGCACAAGAUUUUUGGUGCGACGGCGAAGGUGUCAUCGCAGAAGAUGAUGGUUUGGUUAUUAACGAGGUGGCACAAUAUCUCAGAAGGUCUCCUCACUGAUGCAUGCGGAAUGUCGCGGCCGUCCACCCCUGUCCUCAAUCAAAAGGAGUUGCCUACUGGUGAAGACAGCGGUGGUAGCCCAAUGGUGAAAACCCCCAGUUCGCGUCGCAGUCGUUCGUCGGACAGCGAUCGUUCCUCGUAUUCGUCUUCUCCCCACGAUCAAGCGGAAUCCAGCACUACUCGGCAUCGUAAGAAACGGAGCAUAGAAUCCACACCAGAGUCGGGUGAGGAUGGACUGUCAAGAUCUCGCCGUCUUCCAAGGCGGAAUCGAUCAGGUCGCCAGAAUAGUGCGUUCAUUUCGCACCGGAAGAAGGUUUCUGUGCAGGAACUUCCAGACGUGUUUUCAAAGGCAUUUGCGAACGCACGGGUCACUACUCCAUCAUCACCUCUCGAACGCACUUCAGGGGAUCAGCCAGAAAGCAUACUUCUCGAUACUCGAGUACGCCUCGCGCGCCUUCACAGCGAUCUCCAGCGCAACAAUUUGGUCGUUGUCGACGCUAUCAAGGAAUCAUUCAAGGCCAGUGACGAAGCGCGCUUACUUUCUGAGAAGAUUGGGCAGCUAGAAAGGACAUACGGGGACAUUAAGUCACGUAAUCCAAAUAUGCUCGCCAGCACAAGGGAACCGCUGCAGGUUGGCAUGUUGGAGGCAGAGUGACUACGCACACUAGAAUAUACAAGACGUCACAGAGUUAUAAUAUGAUAGUGGUAGGCCUUAAUACACGAUUCUAGGGU